AUGCUACCUCUUCUCGUCCUACUCGUGGGACUCAGUCUCUCCAUCUUCAGCACAAUUGAUCAGAACAUACCAUGGCUUCGACCGGAGCUAUUUGCUCUCGUCAAACAGAUCGCUCACACUCUCACUCGUCCACAACAGCUACCAAGUCCGCCUGGGACGCUGGGACCUCCAACGCCAGCACCGGGUACUCCCAUUGCUGCAAUGUCACGCGAAAGUUUCGUCAUCGGGUGUCUAAGUCGCGUCAACGCCACCUUGGAGCAGUGCCUCGAGCACAUCGGAUGGUCAACUCACUUGCCGCAGCCCGUCGAUGUAAAGACACCCAGCGGCGAUGCUCUGGUGGACGAUUGUAGCUGCUGGACAGCACACAUUCGGUUCUUCCUCGUCGUCGCUGGUCUUGUGCUCUUGUCGGCGGCACUGUACAGCAGGUGUUGUUGCACCAGAAAGCUCCCGCCGCCCUUACCUCAACCAGAACCCAUCGACAUCGAGUUUGCGAUCAAGCAGGCGACCACCACAGCCGCAUAUCCUCCCUCAAUCCCUCCUCCAAGCUCGCGUGUCCCACUGGGCCGUGAUGGUGCACCGUUCCGCUUUGCUCCGGACAGCCAUCACGUCCAGCGACCGACUGCCCCCUCGAUUCCUCACUGCGGUCCAGCGCAUGAGGCUAUCGAGGAGGCAACACGCGAAGGGAUUCCGGAGAGGACUGCGAUUGAAGUCCUGCCCAACGGAGCAGAAAGCGACAAGGAGCCCUUCAAGCCGUCUUCGGACGUCAUCCUGGCUCGCCACCUGGAACGCCGUGGAGAGAGCAUCGCUCGCUCUAGCAACUGGCGCAGACGGACGGUGAUCCGGUCUGCCAUCACACCUACUGCUCCCGACCAGAGCGGUGCUACACCUCACGACUCUCCCCCUGUGACCGGCGCCGGUCCGACCAAGGUAGACGGCGGUGAAUCUGAUUCGCCUGCCCCUGCUAAGCCCGCGUCGGUUCACCAAGAUGAACGCCCUGGCAAUGGGGCUAGCAACCCUAUUGUCACAUCAUCGCCCCUUGGCGUCGUGCCGCGUGCUCAGGCACAAGGUACAGAGACGACCUCGGAGGCACGGGAGGAAGAGCAGACUUCGCCUGCUUCUAUCGAGCCUGGUUUCCCAAAGGCUAAUGGAAGUGUGGAGGACCUGCCGGUCUCGGAUGAGACCGUCCCCCUCGAGCUCAUCGAGCUCUUGGAGGUUCUUCCUACCCAGGAGGAGCAUGACGGGGAAGUGCCGCUGGACGUUGUGGAGUCUGGCACAAUGACGAAGGAGCAGAAGGAGGAGGAGGAAGAGGAGAUGUUUUGGCGGCGGGCGGUGGACCCGGAGUAUGUGGAAGGCGGCCAGGAGGAGUCGUACUACUUCCAACCAAGCGAAGAGGGGGGACUCGUCGUCGGCUCGGUGGAGCCACAAUUCUCACCCCCAGAGAGGCUCGAAGAGAUUGUGGUUGCCCAAGCGGCGUCGGAAGAGGAAGCUCGUGCCAGCGAGGAGGAUCCGCUUGCCGUUGAGACGGCGGGUCUCUCGCUGCCUGAUCGUGCGGAGGUGGUUGAGUCUGCUGCUGGAGAGCCUGGUUUUCCCAAGGCUGAAGGCAGUGGAUCGAUUCUCUCUGAUCUGGAGACCGUCGUCGAUUCGUCGAUGGUCGAUGGAGAUGAGGAUUCAUUUCCAAUCACGGACCGCCAUCAGGUUCCUAGCGGCCAUGAGGUCGUAGAUACCCCGAUGGAUGAUGAAGACGGGGCGGUUCAGCCACCGGCGCAGCAGCGUCAACCCAUCUUUACAUACAACAGCACCCCCUUGCUGUCCCAUGGUAGGUUCUUCGCACGAGGACAGCGCGCUCCGGAACAAGUUUCCACCGAAGAGCACAGCGCGCUCGUGGGGCCAGAAGGUACUGCCAUGGAGUUGGAACCGGAAGUAGAGGAGGAAGUUGAGAUGGAGGUGGAAGUGGAAGAGACUCGCAACGCGAGCAGUGGUAGCGGGCCACCAUCAAACCCGUACAGCCUGGAGUACAUGGACUGGCUUGGUCGUCAACUGAGCAUCCGUCACGGAAUCAUUCGCCCAGACGAGACCGACAACAUGGACAUCGAUGCCCCCGCGAGCACGUCCACCAUCGUCUUUCGGGCCAGCGACUAUUUCCCCACUCGUGCAGCCGCACGAGUGCAAGACCAAGGACCAGCCAGCCCAGCUCCCAGCGCUGGAAACGUGCCAUACCCAGGGCACACAUUCAACACCACUCCCGCCCGAGCGCAGCAGCAGAGAUUCGCCCCGGUCGCACGCAGCAGCCCUGCAGCGGCCGCCUCCGCACAAGCCUCGCUCCGCACACCGACGCUCUCAUACGAGCAAUGGCAGGGCAUCGGCCCUGACCCCCCUUCCUACAUGACCCCCGAGUCACCCUUUGGUGGUGACUCUAGCGACGAAGACGAGGACGAGGCGGUGGACUUUGCCGACAGGUACAACUGGGCAACGACGGACGACACCCCACGGGACCGCGAGGAGGAGCGCGGAUGGGAGUUGUUCAUGGAGUCGGCCGCGUGGCGCGGACCGCGGACUCAGGGGGUCGAGCAGAGGACGAGCUCGCAGACGGGUGGUGAGGGUGGCAACGUGUCUGCUCCGGAAGAAGUGAUGGGUCAAGCUGGCAGCACCAGCGGCAACAACAACACCAUCACUCCAUCGGCAGAACCCUGCCAGACAAGCACUCCGGCAGACACGCCUGCCUCAGACCCCACGCCCACCGACAAGAUCUCCCCCUCCGCACCCACCACCACCACCACCCAAGCCAAGAAGCGUCGCAUCUCAGAUGUCGACGUCGACGCCGACGCCUCCUCCUCCUCCUCCACCUCUCCCCCCUCCCCCACCGACACCAUCACCACCACCGGCGGCGCCUCCUCCAAAGGCAAGAAGACCGCCCGCAUCACCACCGCCGCAGACACCCACCACGAGCCGGACCCGGCGCGCCUAUACCUGUACGACAUCGCGACCCGGGUCCCGGAGGAUGAGAUUCCAAGUCUCAACGAGAUUGAAGAGAUGGAGCGUCUCGUGGGGAUGUUUAGCGACGACGAGGAGGAGGAGGAGUCGGACGAGGACGCACCACCACCACCACCACCACCACCACCACCACCGACCGCACCGCCCGCACCGACCGCACCGACCGCACCGCCAGCACCGCCAGCAGCACCGACUGCACCACCCCCAGCCGCGGCGCCACCGUCGAAUACAAGUCCUCCACCGCCAGAAACGGUCACUACCUCGUCGCCGUCUCCCCUUCCGCCUUCCUCACCCCCUGCGCCUGCGCGUAAGAAGCCAAAUACUCGUAGUACCAGGCCUCAGCCCGGUACUGCGUCGUCGGGGGUUCGUAGGAAGGGUUAG